AUGGCCAUGAACAGGGUACGGAGCGCAUUUGCGCCUCCCAAGAAGGGAGAAACCUUCGAGCUGCGGGCCGGACUUGUAUCCCAAUAUGCCUACGAACGAAAGGAAGCGAUCCAAAAGACCAUCAUGGCCAUGACACUGGGGAAAGAUGUGUCAGCGCUAUUUCCCGACGUCCUGAAGAACAUUGCCACGUCAGACCUCGACCAAAAGAAGUUGGUAUAUCUAUACUUGAUGAACUACGCAAAGUCCCAUCCAGACCUCUGCAUUCUCGCCGUCAAUACCUUUGUCCAGGACUCCGAAGACCCGAACCCCUUGAUCCGAGCCCUCGCAAUUCGAACAAUGGGAUGUAUAAGAGUGGACAAAAUGAUCGAUUACAUGGAGGAACCAUUGCGGAAGACCUUACGGGAUGAAUCGCCCUAUGUGCGCAAGACCGCCGCAAUCUGUGUCGCGAAACUGUUCGACCUGGCCCCGGCAAUGUGCCUGGAAAACGGAUUUUUGGAAACGCUCCAAGAACUCAUUGGCGACCCCAACCCUAUGGUGGUUGCUAACUCGGUGCAAGCGCUAGCCGAGAUCAACGAAUCCGCUCCCGAAACCAAAGCGCUCCAGAUCACCCCGAACACCCUGAAGAAGUUGCUCAUGGCCCUCAACGAAUGCACGGAAUGGGGCCGGGUCACGAUAUUGAGCACGCUGGCCGAGUACAAAGCACAAGAUGUGAAAGAAGCUGAACAUAUUUGCGAGAGGGUCGCCCCUCAAUUUCAGCAUGUCAAUUCCAGCGUCGUUCUUUCGGCAGUCAAGGCCGUUUUCUUGCAUAUGAAAUAUCUCCCUGCGGAAACACAGAGGUCUUACCUGAAGAAAAUGGCUCCGCCGCUCGUCACGCUUGUGUCCUCGGCACCCGAAGUGCAGUACGUUGCUCUACGAAACAUUGACCUUCUCCUCCAAAAACAACCCGAGAUCCUCAGCAAGGAAAUCAGGGUGUUUUUCUGCAAAUAUAACGACCCUCCUUACGUCAAAUUCCAGAAGCUCGAAAUCAUGGUCCGCAUAGCCAACGAGACCAACGUCGAUCAACUGCUGGCCGAACUCAAAGAAUAUGCAUUGGAAGUGGACAUGGACUUGGUACGGCGCGCAGUCAAAGCAAUAGGACAAGUUGCUGUCAAGAUUGAGAGCGCUAGCGAGCGAUGUGUCAACGCGCUCCUGGAUUUGAUCAACACAAAAGUAAACUAUGUUGUACAGGAAGUCAUUGUGGUGAUCAAAGAUAUCUUCCGCAAAUACCCCGGUUAUGAGGGUAUCAUCCCUACUCUUUGCAAAUGCAUAGACGAGCUGGACGAGCCUAAUGCUAGGGCGUCACUCAUUUGGAUCGUGGGAGAAUACGCCGAAAAAAUCAGCAAUGCCGGGGACAUCUUGGGUGGAUUUGUCGAUGGCUUUGCGGAAGAGUUCACACAGACUCAGCUACAGAUCCUCACAGCGGUGGUGAAGUUGUUCCUGAAACGGCCACAGGCUGCCCAAGGACUCGUCCAAAAGGUUCUGAAUGCCGCAACCGCCGAAAGUGACAAUCCCGAUAUCCGUGAUCGAGCAUACAUUUACUGGCGGCUCCUAUCCAACACCAGCGACCCGAACGCUCCUAAAAACGUCAUCCUUUCCGAAAAACCGCCAAUUACGAGCACGAUCCAGUCACUACCACCUGCACUGCUUGAUAGACUACUUACCGAGCUCUCGACGCUGGCGUCAGUCUAUCACAAGCCGCCGGAGCAAUUCGUUGGCCAAGGUCGCUUUGGCGCUGACGCCGUUCAACGAGCAGCCAUCGAAGAACAGAUGCAAAAUGCGAAAGAAAACCCUCUGGCUGCAGCUGCAGCGGCCGCGGCGGUGCAGGGAAAGGCCCCCGAACCGCAAAACAACAUCGAGAAUCUGCUCGAUAUCGACUUUGACGGAUCGGCACCCGCAUCCUCCACUGAACAACCUACAAACGGACUCUCAGGUCUGGAAGGUUUGGCCGGCACACCACAGCGGGUGGAAUCUCCGUCGGUGGGCGAACCUGCUGCCGCAAACAACAUGGACGAUCUAUUGGGGGUGUUUGGCAAUACGGGAUCGUCUACCACAACGGCCGCGAGUGGUUCCGGGUUCGGUGGACUCGCCGAUAACGACCUCAUGAAUGGAUUUGCAUCCAUGGAUCUGUCAUCGUCGCAACCUCCACCACCGAAACAGCAAUUGGAUGAAGCGAGUGGUAAGAAGACAAAUGAUGAUCUCUUGUCUCUAUUUUAG